CCCCCACACACACACAUAUGCAAGUCACACAACUCCUGCUAAAACCACGAACCCCUAUUGUAGAUGACCACGACAACGACUCCAUCGCCAUUAACCCCCCGCUCAGCAAAUAAGCGCUCAGCCGCUACGCCCACACCUGUCAAGCAAAAGCAGGCCUUCAAUACUUCUACACCACUCAAGCAAUCGACCACCGCGCCGGCAUUCGCGCAGUCCUCACCGUUCAUGAGUUUUUCGCCAGUAGUCGCGUCGAAACGGGCCUCUCCCGCGCCUGCGCCCGUGCCCGGGUCCGGGGAGGGGUCUGGGUCCGGGGAGGGAGGGAGUGAGGACCAUGAGACUGACGAGUUCGCACUAUUGUCGGAAACUGAACUCGAGGCGGAAACUGGAACUAGAACUACCAGUAGCGGGAAGGAGAUGCCUGAGGACCGUGACGACGAUGAUGACGACGACGCCGGCAGUGUCUGCUCGUCGUUCUCGGACGUGGAGUAUGGCUUUGGCAGCGGGAGUGGGAGUGCCGUCGGCGCUGGUGCUGGUGCCGGGGAUCAGGAUGAGGUGGGUAUGGGUAUGGGUGCGACGCUGGGUGGCACGCCGCCCGGCAGUGUGAGGAAGGGUUCGCCGCUUAAGCCCUCGACACCGAGUACAACGAGACGGAACGUGAAUCUUGCGACACCACGGACGGUGCCGCCUUCGACCGCGAAAGCUGGGGAGCUCCAUUCCUCUCCGCGUCGGGCGGGAACGAGUAGUCCGCACACGCCCGCGGCCAACGACAAGACCACCAACCUGCUCGACUUCACCACGCCGUUCGAGGGCGUCGCGCGGCCGAAUUUUGGGGGCGCCACGCCUGCCACACCUCGGAGGACAAUCAGCUCAACGCCGCGCACGGGAUCGCCGAUUAACAGGCCGCCAUCCACACCGACGGAGAAAAGGUUUUUUCAUUUAUUGGAUUUCACGCCCGGGCCCGUCGCGACGCCGAAUUCAAUCCCGUCGAUCACGCCCAGAGAGGUCGAGGAGCUCAAGGCCGGGUUUAAUGCACAGGUCUCCCUACUCACCGCGCAGCUUGAUGGGCGGAAGGUCGAAGUGGAGGGGCUCCGUGCUGCUGUGCAGGAGACGGAGGCGCGUUGCGCAGAGCUGUCGAAUACUCUCAGUGACCUGAAUGAGUCUUUCGAUGCUGAGCGCGAGUCAUGGAAUAAAGUCAAGGUGGAGCUGGGCGAGUUGUUCGAGCUUGAGAAGGCGGAGAGGGAGCAAAUCUCGUCGCUUUUGGGAGAGAAGGAGCAUAUUGUUGAAGAACUGCACACGGAAUUGGAGUCGAAGGAUACAGAAGUUAAGAAUUUGAGGAAGCGCCUUCGGGAUACGGAGGAUGAUCUGGAUAGGACGAGAGAGGAGGUUAUGCGGAUGAAGACGGAGGUUACGGAUGCCCAGUCGAUGGCGAAUUCUGCGCUGGAGGCUGCCGAGGCGGCGCAGGCUGAAGCAGAUCGGGCUACCCAGUCCGCACUGUCCGGCGGCGCAGCUCCCGCUUCUGGCAUUCCCGCCACCAACACCUACGCUGAUCCCGCUACUCCAAAGACGACGCAAGACGAGGUUGAACGCGUCGCGCGCGAACUCCACACACUCUACAAGGCCAAACACGAAACCAAGGUCGCCGCCCUCAAGAAGUCUUACGAGACCCGCUGGGAAAAGAAGGUCGCCGCGCUGCAGCACCAAGUCGACUCCCUCAAGCUCCGCAACGUGGAGCUGGAGGAAAAGAACCUUGAGAAAUCGACUGCAGAUACGUCUACUCCCAAGACUGCCGUCGCGCCUGCGUCGACAGAUGAGGAUCUCCGGAGACAGCUGGCGCAGCUGCAGCUCGAUCUUCAAAAUGAGAGGCAGGAGAAGGAGGGCAUCGUUAGCCUUGUCGAGGAGCUGCUCGCUAUCCAGCAGACGCACCAGAUGCAGUUUCAGCAGCAACAGGAGGAGAGUGAGAGUGAGAGGGGGAGGGCAAAGGGGAGGGGGGAGAGGGAGAGGGAAGACCGGAAGGAGGCACAGGAAGCACAGAAGACUGAAGUCGUCGUCGAGAAGAGGAGGAUUAGCGGCCCCACCAUUGCUCCCGACGCUUCUGCCAGAACAUCAUCGGCUGCGGAGAAGAGCAGGCCAGCGGCUUCCACUUCCACCUCCGGCACAGCCUCCGCCGCCGGCGGUGCGCGCAGUGGCAUCGCAAAGUCGGGAUUCGCCGCAAAGCGUGCCGAGAUGGUCGCCGCUAUGAAGAAGCAGAAGGAACUCAGAGAGAAAGAGGCUGCGGCGGCGGCGGAUGGUGAUGUGGACCCAGACGCGGAUUCGUUUGUCAUGUAGAAGAUUGGCAGUUGGAUGAGUUGAGUUUGUAACACGUACCUACCUACCUACCUAAGUAGUUCUGUUUUUGUUCUUUUUGCCACUACGUACUAUGAUUGAUUGAUCUUUGGGUUUUGCGUGCAAAAGAGGGUGUAUGCUUUAUAUUAUACGGUUUGCGUUCUGCGUUCUGCUUGUGUUGUGUUUGUUUUGUUUAUCCUAGGGGGGAAUGGGAGUUGAGUUCUUGGAGAUACCGUAGGAGAUGAAUAGGUAGUGGAAGGUACCGUAGUGGAAUACCCAGUGUGCGAGCGAAUGGAUAAGGAGUUGAAGCACGUGAGCCAUGAG